AUGUCACUUCACGCUCUAGCAAGACGAAGUGGCUGGGAAACCGACGCGUUUGUUGAGAGCAGUUUGGUGAAUCUCUAUGCGAGAUGUGGAAGCAUGGUGGAUGCCAGGAAGGUGUUCGACAGCAUGGCCGCUUGCAAUCCAGUGCUGUGGACGACGCUCAUUGUGGGAUACGCGGAAUCUGACGAGGGACAGGUUGCACUGGACCUGUUUGCUGCUGUGUACGUGCGCACGAAGCCGGACGCUCACACUCUUGCGGCUGCUCUCAAGUCCUGCUCCAGUUUGGUGGCUGUAGAAGUCGGGAAAGCAAUCCAUGCAGAGGUUUGCAGAUCCGGUCUCGAAAACGAUGCCGUGCUGGUGAACUGCCUGGUGGACUUUUACGGGAAGUGUGGGAAGCUGGUCGAUGCGAGCUGCCAGUUUGAUUCAGCUUCGACGGUGGACAUGCUGGUUUGGACUGCGCUGAUAGCUGGUUACUGUCGGCAAGGUGACACAACCCGGGCCUUCGAGCUUUUCAACGGGAUGCAGGACCAAGGCUCCCGACCAAAUGCUGCCACCUUUUUGUGCCUUUUGACGCUGUGCAGCCAUGUCGGUUUGAUCGAGGAAGGAAAGAGGCUCUUUCACUUGAUGCAGACUAGCAGAUACGAGGUACAGGCUGAGAUGGAGCACUAUCAUUGUCUGGUUGACAUCCUUGGCCGAGCCGGGGAAAUCGACAAAGCAGUCGCGGUACUGGAGGCUAUGCCUUUCAAGGCGAGCGCACUGUCAUGGUCGAUAGUACUUGGAGCGUGCCGAAAGUGGAACAAUACUACAGUGGGGAAGCUUGCGUUCGAAUGGUGCUUAAAGUUGGAAGGGAGCAAUGCUGCGGCCUAUUCUUUGAUGGCCAACAUCCAGGGAACUUGCCAGAAGCUAGAGACAGAUCGAAGUUCCUGUUAUUUUUGA